GAAGAAACAUCUUAGUUGUAAUCGUGUAAGAAAACGAUUACACUAAGAACCAAAAAAAAAAAAAAAUUGGUUGGUUGUUUGGUUUUAUUAGUUUAAUCAAACAGAUUCAAAAGCUGUGCAGCCAAAUCAUUGAAUCACAUUGAAGAGUUGAGAUUAAAUAAAUAAAUAAAUAAGAGAAAGAACAAAGUUUUGGCAUUGAAAUCAAGGCUGAGGAAAAUUGUUAUUUGCAUCUUGAAGAAAAAGGUCAAGAGAAAUAAUGGGUGGUUCUCAAUCACAACAAGUCACAGCAAGAUCAAUCCAUGAAUUCACAGUGAAGGAUUCCAAGGGCAGAGAAAUGAACCUGAAGGUCUUCAAAGGAAAAGUUCUUCUUAUAGUUAAUGUUGCAUCAAAAUGUGCAUUGGGUAAUGCAAAUUAUACCCAGUUAACUCAGCUUCAUAGUAGAUACAAGGACAAAGGUUUUGAGAUAUUGGCAUUUCCAUGCAAUCAAUUUUUGAAUAAAGAGCCUGGAACCAGCCAGGAAGCUGAAGCCUUUGCUUGUGAAAGAUAUAAGGCUACUUUUCCCAUUUUAGGCAAGGUGCGUGUGAAUGGAGCAGAGACAGAACCAAUAUAUAAAUUCUUGAAAUCACAGAAAACAGGAAGCAUGGGAUCAUCAAGAAUUAAAUGGAAUUUCACAAAGUUCUUAGUUGAUGAAGAUGGCCAAGUUCUCAGGCGUUAUAGCCCUACCACCCCACCACUUGCCCUUGAAAUGGACAUUCAGAAGGCAUUGGGGUUGGUUCCAAAAGGUUUCUAGUUACUUCAAAUGCAAAUAAUUGGCAGUGAUGAUGACGAAGACAUCCUAAUGUUUUAGAUAAAUAUGUUGUCUUCCAUGUUUCUGUAUCUGUUUAAUUUGAUAAUGAAUCAAAAUUAUGUCCUUAAUUAAUUUAUUAAUAAUUCCCAUCAAAGAAAAGCUGGGUAUUAUUUGAACUUGUUGAUUAUUAUUCCAUGGAAAAUAAUCAUCAAUUUCAUUAUGUUCAUUUUGUUCAUUUCUUUAUUUCUGGAUUUAAUUUGUAUUCAGUGUCAAUGUAAAAUAAUUUUAUAUAAAAUUAUGUAUGUAUUUAUGUCCUUGCUAUCAAGAACAUACAG